AUGCAGGACAUUCAGCUUAAAACUGCCCUCGUGGCUUGCCUUGCUGUCUUCCCAGCUUUUGCUAAUGCAUUCUGGCGUCUCCCUUGCCGUGGGCGAACUGGUCUUGCCCGGCUGGACCCUAUUGUUAACCCUGGAGAAAUCUCGUCGCAUGUUCACUCUGUGCAUGGUGCUGGUAACUUUGGCAUGAGCUCGGAUAUGGACAGUCUGCGAGAAUCCAACUGCACCUCCUGUGGUGUCUUGCAGGAUAUGUCGGCCUAUUGGACUCCUCCAUUGUACUUUAUGCAUACAAAUGGAUCUGCACAGGUGGUUCCGGAGGUUGGUGGCAUGCUGAGUUACUACCUUCUGUAUGGAGAGAACAUCACAGCCUUCCCGAGUGAUUUCCGCAUGUUGGCAGGGGACCCAUUCCAACGAAACUUCACCUGGCCAGUCCCCGACCCACCCAAAUCCUUCUGGUCUGGUGCCCAGGUGUCUCAAAAGGCAUUGCGCCAAAAGGCUUUGGGUUUCAAUUGUCUGAACUACGACAAAGCCGCCGAAGGUUCUCUUACACGUCACUUUAUGCCCAACAAAACCUAUCUCGACGAGAAUUGCAUCGAUGGCCUUCGUCUGGAGCUUAUGUUCCCUUCGUGCUGGAAUGGCAAGGAUGUCGACUCCUCCGACCACAAGUCCCACGUUGCGUAUCCCGACCUAGUGAUGACGGGAACGUGUCCCGAGGGGUAUGAGACGCAGCUGGUCUCACUAUUCUACGAGACAAUCUGGAACACAUAUUAUUUCAAGGACAUGGACGGGUACUUUGCGCUGGCAAACGGGGAUCCCACUGGAUACGGGUACCACGGCGACUUCAUGUACGGCUGGGAUGACGAUAUCCUGCAGCAGGCCGUUGACACUUGCACAAGUGAAACCGGUAUCGUGAGCGACUGUGAGAUCUUCGAUCUUCAGAGCGAGGCCGACCAGCGCCAAUGCUUCUUUGAUUUGCCUGCUGAGCUUGAGGAUGAGAAUACCCACCUUCACGCUGAUGGCCUGCCUGGCAAUGUUCCUAUCACAUGGGGGCCGGCCUACGCAUCUCCCGACGACACAGAUACUUCUGAUGAUACAACAACUUCCAAGGAUGCGACAAAGAUAGCGACCAGCUCCACUGCAGCAGUUUCUGAUACGACAAAAUCAGCCGAGUACUCUGGAAUUGUCCCGUCGCUCGCCAUUCCAUCUCUGUCCCUAGAUUUCUCAUUUGGGGCUAAUGUUAAAGCUGCGGCAGCGAACACUGUUACCUCCACCAGCUCCACUCCGACACCAACACCCACUACAGAGAUCGACAUUGAUUCUUAUACGGAGAAGAUUGUCUAUCUGCGACAAGAGAUUAUUGUUUUGAUCGAUGAGGAUGGAGUCCCGUAUUCCACAAGCACGGCAUCGGCGCGAGUCGUUUCGUCAACCACUACAACCGCUACUGCGACAUCCACUGUGGUUUCAUACGUUGCAAGAGACAGUAUCCCAGAAGCUUCCGAAAACAGUGACCACGGCUUAAAGCAUGCCCGCAGGCAUGCCCAUCACUACGGUCAUCUGCACAAGAGGGACACUUACUAG